AUGGCAGAGUUCCGCCCGACCUCGGCCCUCGAGGACCCGGUCCCGAAUCUGAUGCCCGGAAUGGCAGCUCACGACCUCAGGGCCGCUAUCCUGACGCGCCUCGAGAGCUACCGCGAGCUCCAGGCGAGCUCCGCGCACAUCCGCCCGCCGCCAAGCGACCCGGGCAACCCGCACACCUCGAAGCUUGAAAUGUCCCAGGCCGCGCUGCUAAGGCACAUCCGCCUGCUCACAUCGCUGACGGCGCAGCUGGAGAAGAAGCUCGAUGACAAGAGGUGGAUGAAGUGGUUUCUCGGUCCCGUUUUAGCGCUGCUGGGUCGAAUUUUCUACCUCUCGCUGUACAAGCUGCCCUACUUCCGCAGCUGGUCCCCCUUCCGCUUGCGGAACGCAAAGGGCGAGCCGCGUCCCGCCAUCCUGGAGAUCUUGGCCCUCUCGCCGUGGUUCACGUGGCCGCUGGGCGCCUGGAACAUCUACCAGUUCGAGAAGAAGGUGCGCAGGACGGCCCGGCUGCGGCAGAACCUGGGGGAGAUGGAGUUCGAGGUGGAGCGGGCGUACCCGGUCCAGCAGUCCUCCGAGUGCCUGCAGAGCACGAGGUGGGAUAGUAUUCCCUGGGAGGAGAAGUCUGGGUUCCGGUGGUCGUGGUGGGGGUAG